AUGAAGCUUCUGGUGUUUCUUCUGUUGCCUUACCUCUCUCUGAGUGAGGUUGGGAAGGAUUUUAGUAAAUGCAGGCAGUUCUUUUUGAAUAAUGACCCUCCUCAGAUCACACUACCGGCGGACGUCUCAGUCAAGCAAGUCAAGCACAUCUGUCAGUGUCUUAAGGAUAAGAACAAGAUAAAGUAUCUUUAUGCAACUUUGUACAACACAGCAUGGAGGAUCCCCAUCUACUCAGCGUAUGUGUUUGGGAGCCCAAAUGUUGAGAGGGUUGACCGCUGGUACAUUGAACCUCAGCUGGAUCUAGGAACUACUGCUGAGCCGUGUAUGAGUCCUCAAGAUCGCGACAGCAUUAUUAAUCAGGCUGUGAAUUGUGACUACGUUUAUUCUGGUUAUGACAGAGGUCAUCUGUACCCGGUGCAGCACACGAACAAUCAUCUCUCCAUGCUGGCCACCUCCACCCUGACCAACGCCGCUCCACAGGACCCAACGUUCAAUCAGCAGGAAUGGAAGAAACACGAGAAGGCUGUUAUUGAUGAUCUGAAAGGCUGUAAAGGCAAGGCUUAUGUGGUGACUGGUGUAGUUCCUGAUAUCAACAAACAAAUUCCAAAACGUAACCCUAUAGUUACUGUCUCAAAGUAUUACUGGAGAGCCAACUGGUGUCUAAAGAACAAUAAGGUCACUGAGAAGGGUUACUUUGGACCUGAUAACAAUGGCAGAGUGGAGGAAUUAUCAAUUGCAAAGCUACAGGAAAAGCUGGAAAAAUAUUACAAUAUUAUAAUUUUCCCAAGCGUACCCCCCAGGGCCCAAAAGACCCCCGGGAUGGUGGUAAUAAAUAGUUUAGCCUUUAACCUAUGA